AUGAGUCAAACUGUAUUUGUUACUGGUGCUACUGGUUAUCUUGCAAAACAUAUUAUUGGAUAUCUUAUGGAAAAAGGUUAUUCCGUCGUUGGAUCAGUUAGAUCUAAAGAAAAGGGAGAAAUUUUAAGCAAACUAUUCAAUACUGAUAAAUUCUCCUAUGAAGUUGUUGAAGUUUUAGAAAAAGAACAUGCGUUUGAUGAAGCUUUAAAGAAACAUCCCGAGGUUACUAUAUUUAUUCAUACUGCAUCACCAGGAGGUAAUACUAAAACUGAAGAAUAUGAAAAAGAUAUAAUUAUUCCAGCUAUUGAAGGUACUAAAUUUGCAUUAAAAUCAAUUCAAGAUACAUCACCACAAAUUACUAGAGUUGUAUUAACUUCAUCAGUUGCUGCUAUGAAACCAUUAAUAGCAACACAUGAUGUAACUAUUCCUUAUUCUGAUCAAGAUUAUAGUGAUAUUAAAUUAGAACAAGCAAUUAAUAGUUCAAGAGCAGCAUAUACUGCAUCAAAAGCAUAUUCUGAGAAAGAAGCAUUUAAAUUCAUCGAAAUUAAUAAACCAAAUUUUACAUUAUCUUCAGUUAAUCCAGUAUUUACUUUUGGACCAGUUGAAUUUAUUGAAGAAAUUAGAGGAUUAGAUAAAUUACCAUCAACUGCUGAAUUUGUUAAUUCAGUUUUGAAAUUUCCUAAACAAAUGGUUAAAAUCCCACCAUUUCAAGGUGCUUUUAUUGAUGUUAGAGAUGUUGCUAAAGCUCAUGUAAUUGCAUUUGAAAAAGAUGAAGCCCAAGGAAAGAGAUUAUUAGUAGAACAAGAAAAAUUUUCAUUUCAAUUAUUGUUAAAUAUAAUUAGAGAGAAUUUCCCUGAUUUAAGAGACAAUUUACCUAUUGGGGAACCAGAUGUUGAUGUUAGCAAAUGGAGUAAAGCUGAUGAUAGUGAAAGUAGAAGAAUAUUGGGUAUUGAAUAUAUUCCUUUAAAAACAUCAGUUUUUGAUUUAAUCAAUCAAGUGUUAGAAUCUAAGAAAUAA